UUUCCCUCCACUCUGUCUCACACAGCUGCCGCCACUUCCCUCGUCGAGGAGUCCCUCUUCAGCAUAUGCAGCAGCCUGCGGUUCAAGAGGCCGGGUUCGGCACCCAAGGAGCUUUUCCCGGCAAUGCAAAGGAGUUUUUUCCGGCAGCUCGUCAAACUUUAACAUCAACCGCGCAAAGUAAAGCUCCUGGGUUUCUUCUUUCAAAGGACAAAAUUGUGAAGAAACCAGAUGAAGCUGAAGGUGGUUUGCAGGAAGUUGUAUGAUUAUGUUCGCUAUGAUCUAAAAGAAAUUGCAUUUCCUUCAUCCCUGCCUGAUCCUCCAAAUGUGAAGAAGCGACCCAAAGCUACUCUGAAAGAUUGGUACUAUAUAGUGAAGGAGGCAUCUAGGCUUUAUGCAGCAAGUUGGGCUAGGGAUAUUGGUGAAGAUCGCAAGCAAAAAGAUGAUGGGAAUGCCAAAUCAGGUGUCAGUGAUGCUCCUGAAGAAAAGAGCAAGGGUCAUGGAAAGGAACCAUCAACAUGGGAAGACCUUGCUGUGGCAGCACGAGGAGGAAUGGAAACUCUAAGGCCUGUUUUGCAGAGGUUAUACAUGACCAGGGCAUCAGUGUACAGAGAUGCACUCAAGAAUUUUGUACAAGGCUACCAAGAAGGAAUACAGCAAGUGAUGGAAAAAAAUAAAGAUUUAGAAUCUUCACAUGAUGAACAUGAGGAUAAGUCAAGAAAAUCGUCUUAG